GUUCAGCUCAUUUCACCGUUCACCGACGCCGCGUGACGCUUCAACACGGGCAGCGCGCGCCGAACGCGAGGAAGCUCUCGCGCUCUCUCACGCGCAAAAAAACGAAUGCAUACUGAUGAAUUUGAAUUGACCGUGUCAGAUCGGACCUGAGCGUUUUAAUCGAUGUCGGAGUUUUAUCUCGGGAUAUAAGCCGAAUCACCAUCCUCCUCAGCGGAAAGGAAAGACCUCAUCAAAGAGGCAAAUUAUGCCAGCAGUACCAGAGUCCCUGUCUCUGGUGACGUGCCAGCCUGUUGGUGAGACCCUCCGCUCCAGCGCCCACCCUUGUGCCCUCUCCCCUGGCAGGCCCAUGCUGGUGGACGCCCUGCUCAGGCCCACGCCCGCACCAUGAGCGCCAACGGCUCUGCUCCGCCUGCUGCGACUCCUGCCGUGCCCCCUGCAGCCUCCGUGCCUGUAUCGUCAGUGGUACCGGUCGGCUCGCUGGCCCAGAAGAAGCGGCAGCAGUAUGCCAAGAGCAAAAAACAGGGCAGUUCGGCCAACACGCGGCCUCAGAGAGCUCUCUUCUGCCUCAACCUCAACAACCCCAUCCGCCGGGCCUGUAUCAGCCUCGUGGAAUGGAAGCCAUUUGAUGUCUUUAUAUUGAUAGCGAUUUUCGCCAACUGCAUGGCCUUAGCUGUAUACAUCCCCUUUCCCGAGGAUGAUUCCAACUCAACCAACCACGACCUGGAAACAGUCGAAUAUGCCUUCCUUAUCAUUUUCACUAUCGAAACCUUCCUGAAGAUCAUAGCGUACGGCUUGGUGAUGCAUCAGAACGCGUAUGUGCGAAACGGAUGGAACAUGCUGGAUUUCGUCAUUGUCGUCAUAGGAUUGUUUAGUGUUGUCUUGGAAAUUCUGACCAAAGAUGGGGAGAAGGAAUCUGUUGGAAGCCACCCGUCCGCUCACGGCCAUGGUGGGAAAUCAGGAGGUUUUGAUGUCAAAGCCCUCAGAGCCUUUCGAGUGCUGCGACCGCUUCGCCUGGUCUCAGGAGUGCCCAGUUUACAGGUGGUGCUGAACUCCAUCAUUAAAGCCAUGGUUCCCCUCCUCCACAUCGCUCUGCUGGUUCUGUUUGUCAUCAUCAUCUACGCCAUCAUCGGUUUGGAGCUUUUCAUUGGAAAAAUGCACGCUACCUGUUACUUUCAAGGGACAGAUAUAAUAGAGGAUGAACCCGCUCCGUGUGCCGUUAACGGUCAUGGCCGCACAUGCCCCAUUAACGGCACUGUGUGUAAGGAGGGCUGGCAUGGCCCCAACGGAGGCAUCACGAACUUCGACAACUUCAUGUUUGCCAUGCUUACUGUGUUCCAGUGCAUCACUAUGGAGGGCUGGACGGAUGUGCUCUACUGGAUGAAUGAAGCUAUGGGGUUGGAGCUGCCCUGGGUGUACUUUGUGAGCUUGGUCAUCUUCGGCUCUUUCUUCGUCUUGAACCUGGUUCUGGGUGUGUUGAGCGGGGAGUUCUCUAAAGAGCGAGAGAAGGCGAAGGCUCGUGGAGAUUUCCAGAAGCUACGGGAGAAACAGCAGCUGGAGGAAGAUCUGAAAGGUUAUCUGGACUGGAUCACGCAAGCCGAAGACAUCGACCCUGAGAAUGAGGAGGAAGAUGAGGAAAGCAAACGCAACCGGGUUACACUGGCCAGCCUGAUGGAGAAGAAGAAGAAAGGCUUUAGCUGGUUCAGCCAGUCCUCUGACACUCAUGCGAGUAUGCCGGCAAGUGAGACAGAAUCCAUGAAUACAGAAAUUGAGAAAGAAGAUGAGAAGGCAACAUGUUGUGGCCCAACAUGUCAAAAAAUUUCUAAAUCAAAAUUCAGUCGGCGCUGGCGUCGCUGGAACCGGUUGUGUCGGAGGAAUUGUCGUUUGGCUGUGAAAUCUGUGCCGUUCUAUUGGCUGGUGAUCAUCCUGGUGUUCCUCAACACUUUGACCAUCUCUUCAGAACAUUACAACCAGCCCUUGUGGCUCACGCAAGUCCAGGAUGUGGCCAAUAAAGUGCUGCUGGCCCUGUUCACGUGCGAGAUGUUGGUGAAGAUGUACAGUCUGGGCCUGCAGGCUUAUUUUGUGUCUUUGUUUAAUCGCUUUGACUGCUUCGUGGUGUGUGGAGGCAUCACAGAGACCAUCCUAGUCGAGUUUGAGAUCAUGUCACCUCUAGGCAUCUCAGUGUUUCGAUGUGUGCGACUUCUCAGGAUCUUUAAAGUCACACGUCACUGGGCGUCUCUCAGUAACUUGGUGGCAUCUCUGCUGAACUCCAUGAAGUCCAUCGCUUCUCUACUGCUGCUGCUCUUCCUCUUCAUCAUCAUCUUCAGCCUCCUCGGUAUGCAGGUGUUCGGCGGCAAGUUUAACUUCGAUGAGACACAAACGAAGAGGAGCACCUUUGACAACUUCCCUCAGGCCUUGCUCACUGUGUUUCAGAUUCUUACUGGUGAAGACUGGAAUGCCGUCAUGUACGAUGGAAUUAUGGCAUAUGGCGGCCCAUCAUCGUCAGGAAUGAUUGUGUGCAUCUACUUUAUCAUUCUGUUCAUUUGUGGAAACUACAUUCUUCUGAAUGUGUUCUUGGCUAUUGCUGUGGACAACCUUGCCGACGCAGAGUCUCUGAACACAGACAGCGGCGAUAAGAAGAAAGGUGAUGAAAACGAGGAAAAUGAAGAAGAUGCCAAGGCUGGAGAGGAGGAUGAGAAGGACAAUGCAGAGGAGGAUGAAGAUGAGCCGGACGUUCCUGCGGGGCCCCGCCCACAGAUCUCAGAGCUCAUUAAGAAGGAGAAAAUCACGCCAAUCCCAGAGGGCAGUGCGUUCUUCAUCUUUAGCAACACAAACCCAAUUCGUGUCGCGUGCCACAAGCUGAUAAACCACCACAUCUUCACCAAUCUCAUCCUCGUUUUCAUUAUGUUAAGCUCCGCCUCCUUGGCAGCUGAGGACCCAAUCAGAAACUUCUCUGCCCGGAAUAUUAUACUUGGUUACUUUGACUAUGCUUUCACGGCUAUCUUUACUGUAGAGAUCGUGUUAAAGAUGACCACGUAUGGUGCGUUUCUCCACAAGGGGGCUUUCUGCAGGAACUACUUUAAUCUUCUCGAUCUGCUGGUGGUUGGCGUGUCGCUGGUGUCCUUCGGAAUUCAAUCAUCAGCCAUCUCAGUGGUGAAGAUUCUGAGGGUUCUGAGGGUGCUGCGUCCACUCAGGGCCAUAAACAGAGCUAAAGGACUGAAGCAUGUGGUCCAGUGUGUGUUUGUGGCCAUCAGAACUAUUGGAAACAUCAUGAUUGUCACCACACUGUUACAGUUCAUGUUUGCCUGCAUUGGUGUACAGCUCUUCAAGGGGAAGUUUUAUCGUUGUAAUGAUGCAAUCAAGUCCAGCCCAGAGGAGUGCAAGGGAAUAUAUAUCCUGUAUAAGGAAGGUGACGUGAACCAGCCAAUCAUUCAGAAGCGCCAUUGGCACAACAGCGAUUUCAACUUUGAUAACGUGCUCAUGGCCAUGAUGGCUCUAUUCACAGUGUCCACGUUUGAAGGCUGGCCAGCGUUGUUGUACAAGGCCAUAGACUCCAACCGGGAGAACUUGGGUCCGAUCUACAACUACCGUGUGGAGAUUUCCAUCUUCUUCAUCAUCUACAUUAUCAUCAUCGCCUUCUUUAUGAUGAACAUCUUCGUGGGUUUCGUCAUCGUGACCUUUCAGGAACAGGGAGAGAAAGAGUACAAGAACUGUGAGCUGGACAAGAACCAGCGUCAGUGUGUGGAGUAUGCGUUAAAAGCACGUCCUCUCAGGAGGUACAUCCCAAAGAACCCGUAUCAGUAUAAGUUUUGGUAUGUGGUGAACUCCACCGGCUUCGAGUACAUCAUGUUUGUCCUGAUCUUACUCAACACCAUCUGUCUCGCCGUUCAGCACUACGGUCAGUCCGAGCUGUUCAAUUAUGUUAUGGACAUCCUGAAUAUGGGCUUCACUGCCGUCUUUACUGUGGAGAUGGUACUCAAACUGAUCGCCUUCAAACCCCGGCAUUAUUUCACUGAUGCAUGGAACACGUUUGACGCCUUAAUUGUUGUCGGUAGCGUCGUAGAUAUUGCUAUCACUGAAGUCAACGUAAGUACAACCGUAUUCGCCUUUCCAAGUUUAGAAGCCUUGCAAGAAAAACAUGUCUGGUGCCCAACACAAAUUAUAUCCACAAGAAGUCAUCAUCUUGAUGAAUUUAAGAGGAUUUGGUCAGAGUAUGAUCCAGAGGCCAAAGGCAGAAUAAAACAUCUUGAUGUAGUGACGUUGUUGCGCCGUAUUCAGCCUCCUCUUGGCUUUGGGAAGCUCUGUCCUCAUAGAGUCGCCUGCAAGAGGCUGGUGGCUAUGAACAUGCCUCUGAACAGUGAUGGCACUGUCAUGUUUAAUGCUACACUUUUUGCUCUUGUGAGAACUGCACUGAAGAUCAAAACGGAAGGUAACCUAGAGCAGGCGAAUGAAGAGCUCCGAGCCGUGAUUAAGAAGAUCUGGAAGAGAACAAGCAUGAAACUUCUGGAUCAAGUGGUGCCCCCUGCUGGUGAUGAUGAGGUAACGGUGGGGAAGUUCUAUGCCACUUUCCUGAUACAGGACUACUUUAGGAAAUUCAAGAAACGCAAAGAGGAAGGCCUGGUGGGCGUUCACCCAGCACAGAACAACACCGCUAUCGCCCUGCAGGCUGGCCUUCGUACGCUGCAUGACAUUGGGCCAGAAAUCCGCCGUGCGAUAUCAUGUGACCUGCAGGAUGAUGAGCUAGUAGACUUUAUACCAGAGGAGGACGAAGAAAUUUAUAGGCGAAAUGGAGGACUCUUUGGCAACCACAUCAACCACAUAAAUGGAGACCCCCGGAGGAGCUCCGGCCACCAGACAAAUGCCACACAGCGCCCCCUGCAGGUGCAGCCACCUCCACAUUAUGCCCACAUGGAACAGCCCAUGGGGCGCCUGGGCCGCGCCAAUGCCAUGGCGCAGCAAAACCAUCAUCGCCACCACCACCACCAUCAUCACCAUCAUCAUCAUCACAACUCCUACAACAAGUCGCCCAAGUCUACCAACAUCAACCUCAACAACGCCAAUGUGUCCAGCUUACCCAACGGAGGACACAAUCGUUACUAUGAGCACAUGCCCGCUAACGGUUACCCGGGAUCGUACUACGGAGAAUACGACAAGCCCAGGAGCCCUCACGGACAAAGAAGGCGCUACUAUGAGACGUAUAUUAGGUCGCAGGGCAGCGACAGAAGACGACCCACUAUACGCCGCGAAGAGGAGUAUGAAGAAGAUCGUUACUCUGGAGAGUACUACAGCGGAGAGGAGUUUUACGAAGAUGACAGCAUGCUGUCGGGUGACAGGUGCCCCAACAGUGACCAGGAAUACGAGACGCCACGGGGUUACCAUCAUCCUGACAGUUACUAUGAGGAUGACGAGCAGCCCCUUUAUCAUGAUUCAUGUAGGUCACCAAAGAGAAGACUGCUUCCUCCAACACCGCAAGGUAAUCGGAGACCAUCGUUUAAUUUUGAGUGUCUGCGCAGACAGAGUAGUCAAGAUGAUCUUCCUCACCAGCACACCGCUCUUCCAUUACAUCUCAUGCAACACCAGGUGAUGGCGGUAGCAGGCCUAGACUCCAGCAGGGCUCACAGGCUUUCACCUACUCGAUCUACCAGAUCAUGGGCGUCACCUCCUCCCACUCCUGCAAGUCAAGACCGAACGCCGUACUACACGCCGCUUAUCCGCGUGGACCGUCCUCUGAGGGACAGCGCCCACAGCAGCCACUCAUCCAUCAGGAAGAGCUCGUGGUAUACAGACGACCCUGAGUACCAGAGGAACUACUCGCCCGUUCACCUGCAGGUGCCACCCGAGUACAGAAACCAGUACCACCAGAAGAGAGGCAGCGCUACCAGCCUGGUCGAGGCGGUCUUGAUAUCAGAAGGACUGGGUCGCUAUGCCAAGGAUCCGAAGUUCGUGGCUGCCACGAAGCACGAGAUCGCGGAUGCCUGCGAGAUGACCAUUGACGAAAUGGAGAGCGCCGCCAGCCAUCUCCUGAACGGCGGCAUUACGCCAGGAGUCAAUGGCGUCAAUGUCUUUCCCAUAAUGGGCCCCAGAGACUACGAGAUGCAGGAUGUCUCGGCUAGCUACAGCGACGAGGAACCAGAACUCGAACCCAAACCGCGGUACGAGGAGGACCUGGCAGACGAAAUGAUAUGCAUUACCACUUUAUAGCACCUGGUUACUGCUGUUCCUCAGAAACUGAUCAGUGAAACAAACAAAUCUAAAGUAGAUUUACUGGCUUACUACCUAAAGAAGUGCCUUCACAGCAAAGCAGAAAGGCACCACAAGAACGGACGCAUCGGUGCCGCUCGCUCACUUCCGGUUCACGCAGGAACUUGGUAGUCACGGCACCGGGGAGGAGCUAAUUCAAACUCUGAAGGUGAACUUUAAUUGGCUGCUUGUACCGUCACUGCAGGAAAUGGACCAAUGAGCAGCGGGGGGCGGGGGUGGGGGGGCAGGCUGUUUCCACGGUGAUGACAAUCAAAACGAGUGUCAUUACCUCAGUCACUUUAUUAAGGGUUUUGCAUAUCAAGCACGUUGCAAGCUCAAUGCAAGCUAAGUACGGCAUAUCCCUCAACAAAGGCUUUAGUUUUGACUCGCUCCGUACGACUAUUUUAGUACCGUUUAAGAUCAAGUGCAUAUUUUAGAGAACAAACGCUAAUUCUACAGCACUGGUUUACAAUAAGGAUAUCAUGCAGGUUUGUGGAUUUGGAGAGGAUUUCAGCAUUUGUGUUGAAUGCACUAGCAGACAGGUUAUUUUUUAAAUUUAGGAUAGCCUGUUUGAUAUUUCAUAAUAUGCUGUAAAUGACUUGUAAUAUAUAAAGCAUAAGAAAACUUUGUAAAGAGACAUUAUAUUUUGUAAUUAUGUACUGUACAAAAAAGAAAAUCAGCAAUAUUAAUCCUAAUUGAUGUUAUUGCAUUACAAAAAAGACUAAAUUUGGUGUUAUUUUAAUAGGUACUGUACUUUAUUAUUAAAUUCUUUGCCUUUAUUCUUUUCUCAUAUGCAUUCUUAUUCGUUUGUGAAAAGUAUAGAACAAAAAAGCCAAUUUUCUAUGAGGUUAUGUCUGUGACACACCCGCACAAGAUAUGCAAGUUGUUUUCUCAGUGUCCGUUUCAUAAGCGUAACCGACAUAGUGUUCCUUUAAAAUCUACGGCAUGCAGUAUGGGGCACGAGCGCCGACCCCCUUCAUGAGGACUUUAGUAGGGCUUACAGAAUCGUGUCUUAAUCGUGCUUUUGUUUGUGUAGAUUGGACGAGUCUGUCGAAUAGGACUUCCCGUUUUAACGGUUCGUGUUUCGUUGCAUAUUUUGUGCCGGGGAGGUGCACAGGAAGGUGCAAUGGUAAAUGCUUUGUGCAUUAACAAUGCUGCUUAAUUAGUCUGCAAUUAAACUGUACGACCCACACCAGGAACAUGCUGCCACUUGGAAAAGCCUGCUGCCACUGGCUGAUCUAGGAAUAGCGCACUACAGCAAGGGUUUCGGAUUAACGAAUUAUUUCUACAUUCUAUUAAUGUAUUUAGGUGUGCUUUGAAUACUGAAAUCUUCCUUUAGUUAGUUAAUGAUGUUGAUUACGAUGAAAAAUGUGAUGACGGGGGAGUUUUGGGUUGCUUGAAGUGCAUGUUCGCAUCAUGAAUCCUUAACGGAACAGUUCAGGCAAAAACGGAAAUUCUGUCUUUAUUCACUGACUGUCAAAUCGAGUUUUCUCCAGAAGGGAAAUUUAUUUUUAAUGAUAACUGUUUGUUAAUGUUUUGUUGAAGCCAUCCAUUCAUAUUAUUUAAAAUUUUGUAUUGAAAAACUACGUUACCCUUGAUCCUAUACA